AGAAAAACAAAUAAACAUCAUCAACCAACAAUUAUAGAAUCAAAUACUACUACUGAAAUACUUGCCAUCAUAAUAUGGGGAGAACUUUGAUCAACUUGUUUGUCGCGACCAUCAUGUUUGCGGCUUUCCUAAUUCUUACUGUCUCAGCUGAUUACAAAUCAUAUAGUGAUGAAGAAAUUCCACCGCCUAAGGCAAUGUGUCGGGAAACAACGGAGUUGUGUCUACCGUAUGGUAAUUACAGGUGUUGCAAAGGAUUAGAUUGCAUUCUUGGAAAUCCAGACCUUCCGGGUGCUGUUGGAGUAUGCACCCCUUUGGGCGAACAACCGCAACCACCAAAAGAUAAGUGUCGCAAACGUCAUCAAAUUUGCGUGCAUUAUGGUGAGUACAAUUGUUGUCAUGGAUUGCACUGCGUCGAUACUGAUCAACUUUUUCCUGGUGCUGGACUCUGCGAGUGAAGACGACAUUCAAACUUUUCAACAUUUUGGCCUCGUUAUUGUUUUCCUUGCAUUAUCUACUUUUGUCUCUCUGGAUGUAUCAAUUCCAUUUCCAUUUCCAUUUCUUUUUACCGAUUCUAUUAAUUUUAUGUCAUGUACCAAUUUCAUUUCCUCUUCGUUUUAACGAUUGUAUUAAUUAAGUUUUAUCUCUAUAAACUCGAAUUUUCUAUGAUUAUUCAACAA